UCACCAGCAGACACACAGCAACUGGCUACUCCAGCACACACACCUCUGCCUGACAGCUACCAGCUCCAAAAACAUGGCACCCUGCAUUAUAAGGACAUUGGAUAACCAAGAGGCCAAUGGGCUCCGAAAGUUGAGAAAGCCCGCCAUUGAGAAGAUGAGGAGAGAUCGCAUUAACAGCAGCAUCGAGCAGCUGCGUCUCCUACUGGAGAAAGACCUCCAGAAACAUCAACUGCCCUCCAAACCGGAGAAGGCCGACAUACUGGAGAUGACGGUCUCCUUCCUGCAGCAGCAAAUGGCUCAGAAACAUGUGACAGCGACCUCCAUCCAAGCCUAUAAUGAUGGCUACACCACCCCGGCAUGUUACUUGGCAGCGGAAAAUCCUCGGGACCAGCUGACCAGACAUUUCAGCGGCCAUCCUGCCAGUUAUGAGCUGCCCAACACUUUGACCUCAAAAGCCCCCGGUCAGCUCAGUCAAAGCAAAACCCUCUGGAGACCCUGGUGAAGGAGACCCAGGACAUCAGUCAAUGGAAGUCACACAAGGAUGGACUUAUUGCAUUCUGGGAGUUCCCAGAAUCCUUUGCGCUCGCCCUUGCCAGCCUAUACUUUUGGGCGUGAUGCUUUGCACAUCUAUUCUUACCCAACCCUUUCUCAUAGAAAGAUCUUUGGUUUUCCUUCAUUUAGGAAACAGUAUUUGAUUUCUUCUGAUUCAGGAGGAAUGUAUGUGAUGUUAAGAUGCAUAGAGUCUAUGUGAUGUGUAUAGAAGGUUAUAUAGAGUACAAGGCAUGUAGUAAGAUAUACUACGUCUUGUAAAAAAAAAGAUUUAUAUAUAUAAUAUAUAUAUUGUGUUAUGGUAAUAUUUGCAUUUUAUUAACGUAAAGCAAAAGAGCUGAACACAUCCCUGGGUUGAUUAUGCAAUGCUCUGCACCCGGGGAUAACGUUUCUUUUAUUGAAAGAUUGUUUUCUUUAUGUAUUUUCUUUACAUGUACUAUUUUCAUGAAGUCAAUUUUUUAAGCAUUGAAUGCUUUUGUGUUGUCGGGACCAUGACAACGUUUUGAUGAUGUUUUCCCAGCAACUGGGUACGAGAAUGCUCUUCUGUUUGGAGGAGUCAGGAUAAAAUAACUGAAUGUUUCUGAGUGAAAUAAUCUGCAAUUUCUGUGAAAUAAGAUAUAUGAACGCAAAAGUUCAACUGUAAUAUAUAUUGUCCAUGGGACAGAUAUAAUGAUGUACUGCAAACUGACAUUCAGCUCUGUGUGCGUCACACGGGAAAAUAAAAAAUGUUCUAUGAAUCAAA